AUGCGCGCAAGCACUUUGGCCUUGGGGCCCCUUUUUGCCGGACUCGUCUCGGCUCUUCAACCCCCGGUGUAUCCUGGAUACCGGCUUAUUUGGUCUGACGCCUUUCCUGGAAACGCAGGCGAAAGCCCCAACGGUGGAAUAUGGAACAUUGUCACCGGUGUCCAUACAAACAAUGAAGUCCAGGACUAUACGACGUCCAACCAGAACCUGCAAAUCUCGGGCGGCGGCACAGUCCAAAUAGUCCCGCGCAAAUCGCCCUCAGGACAGUGGACCUCUGGGCGCAUCGAGUCCAAAGCGAGCUUCACUCCGCAACCGGGCAAAAUCACCGUGUUCGAGGCGGUCAUUCGCUUCGGUGACAAUGCGCAGAGCAACAAGCAGGGCAUCUGGCCCGCUUUCUGGCUGCUCGGCGACAGCAUCCGGCACGGCGUCCCCUGGCCGCAGUGCGGCGAGAUCGACAUCAUGGAGACGGUCAACGGUGCGCCAACCGCCUACGGCACCGUCCACUGCGGCGUCAGCCAGGGCGGGCCAUGUAACGAGCCCAUCGGCCGCGGCGGCACUGUCGGCCUGCCGGAUAAUGGAUGGCACACGUGGACGCUGCAGAUUGAUCUCGAGGCUGGCCGGGGCAACUGGCAAAAUGAGGUUAUCAGGUGGAUGAAAGACGGCGGCGUCUACCAUACCCUGACGGGCGCGCAGAUUGGGGAUCAGGGCAUCUGGAAUGCGCUGACGCACUCGCCCCUGUUUAUGAUUCUGAAUGUUGCCGUGGGCGGGAACUGGCCUGGCGCCCCCAACGGCGCGACCGCCGACAGCUAUGGCAGCAUGAUGGAGGUUCAGUAUACAGCUGUAUACACGACGUGA